AGUUUGAGUGUUUUAAAACGUAUAUCCCUAGACUAGAAGGUUUACAUGAAGUAACGGGCAAUUUAGUUUAGAAGAUAACUCGUUUGUGCAGAUAGACGACAGUGUCAGUGCCUACCCCUUUCUCUCAUUUCAGCGUUUUCAAUUUGCUUCGCCAUUGAUGGCUCCCCUUACACUCUCCGUUACAGUGCAAGACUCUUCCAUUUCUUCAUCAUCAUCACCGGAUGCUUGUACUAAGAGAAAACAGAACGUACUUCAGAGAAAUUCUUUUGCAUCUGUCAGCGUGGGAGAACAAAAUCCAUUUGACUUCUUACGCACUUUGUUUGAGGGUGUUAUUGCAGGAGGUACAGCUGGAGUUGUUGUUGAAACAGCUUUGUACCCCAUUGACACUAUAAAAACACGUCUGCAGGCUGCUCGCGGAGGAGAAAAACUGUUAUUGAAAGGCCUUUAUUCUGGAUUGGCAGGAAACCUUGUUGGUGUCUUACCGGCAUCUGCUCUAUUUGUUGGAGUUUAUGAACCUGUAAAGCAGAAAUUACUACGGAUGUUUCCUGAAAAUCUGAGUGCUUUUGCUCACUUAACUGCAGGUGCCAUAGGGGGCAUUGCUGCAUCUUUUGUUCGCGUUCCAACAGAGGUUGUCAAGCAACGAAUGCAAACUGGGCAGUUUACUUCAGCUUCUGGUGCUGUUCGCUUCAUUGCGUCUAGGGAGGGCUUUAGAGGGUUUUAUGCUGGGUAUGGAUCUUUUUUACUGCGGGACUUGCCCUUUGAUGCUAUUCAGUUUUGCAUCUAUGAGCAGAUUCGAAUGGGUUAUAUGCUUGCGGCACGAAGAAAUCUGAAUGAUCCAGAAAAUGCAAUUAUUGGUGCUUUUGCUGGUGCACUAACUGGAGCUAUAACUACACCCCUUGAUGUCAUCAAGACAAGGUUAAUGAUUCAGGGUCCUGCAAACCAAUAUAAGGGAAUUGCGGAUUGCGUUCAAACCAUUAUUAAGGAAGAGGGACCUGGUGCCCUUUUGAAGGGUGUUGGGCCAAGAGUACUUUGGAUAGGCAUAGGUGGUUCAAUAUUCUUUGGCGUCCUUGAGAGUACAAAACGAGCCCUUGCUGAGAGGCGUCCUAAACUAGUUCAGAGUACAAACUCAGAAAAAAAGUAAGGAUUCAGAAUAGAUUUAUUGAUUAUUUGGACGCAUUAUAGCCAGCAAAGAUGCCCCAAUUUCAUCUUUAUUUUCUCUGGUUAAUUUGAAAUGUAUUCUAUCUCGUUUGCAGCAUUUUUGUCAUUACAUAUUCUUUGUUUCAGAAGUUAGGUAUUGGAUUGGUUUGAGAAAUGGUUUUUUGCUUGCAUUUUUGUUUUUCUUUCACUAAUAAAAAUUGAGUAUGAACUUCUUGUUA